AUGAGAGACCGGAACAAGGAUGGGGACAGUGAGGGGCGUCAAGCACACCUGGGGACUCCUAUUCCAGACUACGGUGGUGAAUGGCAUCCAUGUGGGGAGGUCUCUGAUCAAAGCGCCAACCUCAUUACAUCACUAAUUCAACACCAGCGAGUGCACACUGGAGAGAAACCUUACCAAUGCAAAGAAUGUGGCAAAUCCUUUACUCACCACUCAACCCUUAUCCAACAUCACAGAAUCCAUACUGGAGAGAAGCCUUACCAAUGCAAAGAAUGUGGUAAAUCCUUUACUCACCACUCAACCCUUACCAAACAUCACAGAAUCCAUACUGGAGAGAAGCCUUACCAAUGCAAAGAAUGUGGCAAAUCUUUUACUCAACACUCAAACCUUAUCCAACAUCACAGAAUCCAUACUGGAGAGAAGCCUUACCAAUGCAAAGAAUGUGGCAAAUCCUUUCCUCGCCACACAAGACUUAUCCAACAUCUCCGAAUCCAUACUGGAGAGAAGCCUUACCAAUGCAAACAAUGUGGCAAAUCCUUUACUCACCACGCAAGCCUUAUCCUACAUCUCCGAAUCCAUACUGGAGAGAAACCUUACCAAUGUAAUGUUUGUAGCAAGGCCUUUACUCAGCAGUCAGACCUUAACAAACAUCACAAAAUCCAUACUGGAGAGAAGCCUUACCAAUGCAAAGAAUGUGGCAAAUCCUUUACUUGGCACUCAGUCCUUACCAAACAUCUCCGAACCCAUACUGGAGAGAAGCCUUACCAAUGUGAAGAAUGUGAAUCCUUUACUCAACACUCAAACCUUACCAAACAUCACCAUAUCCAUACUAGAGAGAAACCCUAC